AUGGCCGACAAAACUUGGAAGAGCCGCAAAGCUGCAACUGCACAACGACCUACUCUACCCCAUGAUGGACGGCUUCGCGCAGGACUGGCCCACGUUGACCCACACAGACAACGGGCUGGCCAUGGACCAGCUGGGGGGCGACCUGCCCUGGACGUGGGCUUCGAGCCCCAGACCCGAGCCCGAUCCAACACAUGGCCCUGUCCGCGCCCCGAGAACUUCGUGGAGCCCGCCGACGAGUUGGACAGUACAAAGGCCAGCAAUCAGCAGUUGGCCCCAGGAGACUCACAGCAGGCUAUACAAAAUGCGAAUGCAGCCAAGAAAAACUCAUCGCGUCGCAAUGCAUGGGGAAAUCUAUCCUAUGCGGAUCUCAUCACGCAUGCCAUUGGAUCGGCCACCGACAAACGACUGACUCUGAGCCAGAUUUACGAGUGGAUGGUCCAGAAUGUGCCAUACUUCAAGGACAAGGGCGAUUCGAAUAGCAGUGCCGGCUGGAAG